GGUACCGAUACAAACGUAUUACUUUUAUGAUCGAGAUAAAAGCCCACUUUAUGAGAUAACUUACGUUCUGCAAACUAUCGGCAUGUCUAUAUUUGCCGCUGUAUACACUGGUACUGAUUGUUUCUUAAGUGUGCUAGUCUUUCACGUGUGCGGUCAGCUGGAGAAUCUCAAGGCACGCGUCAUAGACCUCGAUAAAUUUAACAAUUUCGAAAACCUUCUAUCUUACAGCGUACAGGAUCAUAUACGUCUUAUCAGAUCGAUCAAUAUCAUCGAUAACAUAUUUGCUUUGAUGUUGCUUGGAGCGCUCUUUUACUUUGGCAUACUAUUUGCUUUUUAUGGUUUUUUAUUCGGUACUGUGAUAACUCAACAUCGCAAUGUCUCUGCACCACGUUUAACUUUCAUCAUGACAACAUUUGUUAAUACAUUUGCACAUACGUGUUUCUACUGCGUCGUAGGAGAAAUGUUGGUCGCGCAAUGCAAGGGAGUUUACGAAGCCGCAUGCCAGUUCAAAUGGUACACGUUCGAGCCGAAAAAAGCGAGAAAUCUAUUGAUUAUAAUGAUUUGCGCCAACAAACCGCUAUAUCUUACUGCGGGAAAACUGUUCCCUAUGACAAUGGCUACUCUUUGUAAUGUAAGCGAGUUAAAUCAACUUUAUAUCUAUCUAACUUGUUAUAAAAGAAAUAUUGCAACAAAAAUAAAAUAUAUAAAUUUAAUAUUUCUUUUGACAAAAUAUGGAUAAAUCUAUAACAAUCUUAUUUUUAUAUUCUGAAAAUUAUGCAUUCAUACUAGAUAAUAUUUAAAGAAUACAAAUAAAAUUACAAAAUACAAUUAAAAUAAAUUGUAUAUACUAAUACUAUAUAAAUUAGUGUCAAAAAUAUGGGAAACAUCAAAUGAAAAGUAUUUAAUCAUAUAAAUGGGUAUUAAAAGUUAGAUUAUAUAUUUUUAAAAUACACAAAAAAAGAACAGAAAUAAAAUUAUUUAUCAUUAUUGAUUAAAAUAUGCUUCUAAUAUUUGUCGUGUAUAUUAUAUGUGUUUCAGUUGUUAAAGACAUCGGGCAGUUAUAUAUCGGUCUUGCUGGCACAUCGGGAAUAAAAAACUCCCACAAUGUCUAAUUUUGAAACAUUGCAAGAGACAAGAGUAGUAUGCUUACGUAAUCAGUAUACAUAUUUGUGAUAAGUAUUACUUUUAUUGAUAGUAUUGUAUAGAUUUGUAUAGACUUUUUUAUAAACUCAUCAGUAUGCAUUCUAAUGUCGUUAUAUUAUUUAUGAUUUAAAAAAAAAAAUUUUUUCUUUUUUGAUAAAACAUAUUUAUGAUAAGCGCGUUUUAAUUUAUUUUUCACAAAUUAGUAAAGUCGUGAUUUAUAACAGAUAUAUCCACUCUUUAUAAGUCGAUUUCUCGCAAUAUUAGGCGUAAUAAAUUAUAAGGGUAGAAAGCUAAAAACUGAAUAGUUUACAAGAUAUUUUACUUUAAUUUGAUAUAAUUUUACAUAAACUAAAAAAUAUCUUGUAAAAUAUUCAUUUUUCGAUUAUGUUACCUCAAUAUUUCUAUGCACAGAAUAAUAAAAGAAAUGUCACUAACUCUCUUCGAAUUGAAUACGCAAUCUCAGCAACGAUAGCUGACUAUGACCAACGUAAGAAUAAUGAGAGAAUCAAUUGAUAUGGUAAAAAGGAGAACGGCAUUUCAUACAUACGUGUAUCAACUUAACAUGCCUUUCUUAAGAGUAAAAAGAAACGAGCAAUUAAUCUCGAGAAAUGAAUAAUAAAUUUAAUUAAUUAUAAAUUGCUCACCUCAACGUUGCACCGCAGUAGUUUGAUAUCUCUUUGGGUCUUCUUUUCCACUUCAUCUUUCAUCCUUAACUGCUUUUUCUUUGCACAUAAUUACGACACUCAUCACUCGCUAAUUACAAUCGUUACAACAUAUUUAUGUGUUAAUAGUUAAUUAUAAUAAACGUAGAAAUUCUAAAAGUAUAAUCCAACAAUAUACAAAAUCUCAACCUUUCUCAUUCGAGUUUCGCCGCACGACUGACGGCAAGUUGAGCGCGCAUGUCAACAUUGUAUUGUACGCAGGGAAGGCCAUAUAUCUUCUGUGACAACAAUUGGAUGUAAACAUUAAUAUGCUAUACGCCGCAAACACCAAGGCCGUAUAUCAACUGAUUUAUUACUGCCCUAAAAAAUAUAUUUAACAUAUACAUAUUUUAAUAUAAAUUCUGCGCUGAAUAUUUGUGUGUGUAUGCUGUAUUUUGUCUAAAUUUUACGCUGAAUAAAUGAGUUAAUCGUCGCAUAUAAAAUCUAAUGUUUAUGUGAAAAAUAUAUAUUAUUCAUUUUCAUCAAGAAAGUAUUAAUAUAAUAAUAGAUGAAAGAAAAACCCAUUUUAUUUAUAUUAUUAAAUCAUUAAUAAGCAUGUCGUACAUUUUCUCCUAUAAAUGUAUUAUUAAAAUUGUUGAAAGACAUCGGCGGUAAUAUAUUAUUUAUAUUGGUGUAUCUCAUAUUUGUAACUGUGUGUGAACGAAAGAUCUUCAGACAAGUUCUAGUACAACAUUAAUGCCUUAAUAGUGUCUAUGUUACUAUUAUAAUAUAGAAAUGACUUAUCUAUAUCUGAAAGUUACUAGUGUUUUGGCGUAUGAUAAAGAUUUAUUCAAUAAAUAUCUUUAUCUCACGUAGUAUAUUU